AUGAAGCAAAAAGAUUUUCCCGCACACCAUGUGACCUUUCUUAAGGUUCACAAGGCAGCCAGUACGAGUGUCCAAAACAUCUUCUAUCGAUACGGCUAUCGUUACAAUCUGACAUUUGCUCAGCCCAAACUUGGGUCCGGACUUGGUCCAACCACACUAGUAACACCAGACAAAUUCUAUCCACCACCACCCGGUCAAACGAGGUUUGAUAUCAUGUCUGUUCAUUCUUCCUACAACAGAACGAUAUUUGAAAAGCUUGUUUGGAAUGAUUCCAUUUAUAUAGCAAUCGUACGACAACCUUUUCAACAAUUUGCAUCAAGUAUAGUUUAUUUUAACAAGAAAGAAGUACUUAGCAUUCCAGGAACCAAUCCUGUGCGAACCCUUCUUUCAGAAAAACUCUACAAAUCUCGCUUAAUGUUGCCGUCAUAUCGAUACGUUAAUGGUCAGUCUCGUGAUUUCGGAUACCCGGUGAAACUGCUUAUGUCUAAAUAUGAUAAAAACAAAUUCCAGAACUUUCUACAGCAAUUGAAUACAGAGCUUGAUCUUGUUAUGUUGGUUGAGCGUUUUGAUGAAUCAAUGAUCUUAUUGAGAAGACUUUUAAAAUGGGAAAUGAAAGAUGUCAUUAGUGGCAAACUUAAUAGCAGAGACGUCCCUUCCCGUUUUCAGUUUGGUGCUACAGAAGAGAAUCUUUAUAAAGAAAUAUCUAAAUAUGACUACGCUCUAUACGACUUCUUUAAAAAGAAAUUCCAAGCCAAAAUAGAUCAGCAACCCACAGAUUUUCAUGACGAACUUAUUUAUUUUAUUCAAACGAAAGAAAAAUAUAACAAAUUCUGUUUGUCGAUGAAAAGCCUUCAGUACAAAGUAUUCCGUGUUUUAUCGUUCGAGGAAAGCCCAUAG